CUCCAGUGCCUCAUCUGAUUUAAACAUGGCGGAUGUAUCUGUGUUGUUACUAGCUCUUUAGAAUAUUUUACUUUAUUUUCAUUAACAGAGCGAUUAAUAGCCUCUUAUAUAUAAGCAAUGGAUGAUACUGUUACUAAUGCAUUCUGGUUGUGCAUUGUGUCUCUAUUAUGGGGCUCCACAAAUCCUCUUAUAAGACAAGGAAGUCAAGGAAUAGAGGAUAUUCACAGACCAAGUCGCAUUGGUCAGUUUUUUGCAGAAGUGCUUUUUCUUGUAUCCAACUGGAGGUAUUUGAUUCCCUUUUUGUUAAACCAGUGUGGGUCAGUGGUUUAUUACCUGACACUUGCAUCUGCAGAUUUGUCCGUUGCUGUGCCAAUUACUAACUCUUUGACUAUGAUCAUCACAACAUUGACUGGGAAGCUUUUAGGUGAAGACAACAUUAAUGCAGGAACAUUUCUUGGAAUGAUGCUCGUUGUAGCUGGGGUGAGCAUUUGUGUUAUGGAUAAAACACUAUGAAUCAACAUAACAAUCCAAAAACUAGAAGAUUGUCCUCUCAAAAUGGAGGUGGUUGGGGAUAAUCAGAGCACAUGCUGUCAAAACAUUGCGCUGGUAAUGGUAGUCAAUCUUUGAAACUGGUUGUUUGUUUGCUCUGAUCUGCACCUAUGGACCAAGCAGUUGAGAGUACUAAUCAAAUUAUCAGCAAUAUAUAUUUAUUUGUAAAUAUGAGGUCAAUAAGAGUUUUUUAAAAUUAUGCUGGUGUUUCUCUUAUUUGGUGAAUAGAAGUUAAUCUUUCUCAAAAAAAGUACACUUAAAAUCACAAUUAUGAAAAUAUCAUUACCUUAGACUUACAAACACAAAUGACAACAUUUAGAAAUGUGUAGAGUAAGUUUUACUAGUCAUGUAUUGUUUAUCACAGGAAUACAAACAUGAUUUCUAUCGAUAGACAAAAGAAAAAGCUUUCAUUUAAUAAUUCCAAUUUACUGCUGUUACUGUAGUCAGCUUUUUUCACUUUUGUGCAAUUGUCCAGUCCCUGUCAAGCAGUUUGUUUCUCAGGACACCUGUUGCCUUAGGAACCACCUGUGGGCUCUAGGUAAAGAAAAACCAAAAAGAUUAAUUUCAUGAGAAAUAGAGACUAUUGUAGUAGUAUCCUUUAAACGUUUAUAUGAGGCAUAAAGCAUGGCAUUCUUGCACCUUGGACCAAAUUCUAAAGUCUGUCAUAUUGCACUCUCAUGAACAGGAUAUUAUUCAAAGCAAAAAAAGUUUGACUGUAAUGUGUAGUAGACGAUCAUUAUUUGUAUGUACAGUAGUUAUGUGCAAAUGGUUUGCUCUAAGCCAAUGGGAAAAAAAGGAAAAUUGCAUUUUAUGAUCUUGAACACUAUUUGCACCCAGAAAUGUGGCAAUAUCCAUCACCUGCUCAUAAUUGUUUAACUCAUAGCUCAUGAGAAGGAAACACCUUCCAACAGUCAUGGUUACAACAGCACUUACUCGUGUACAAAACAGGUUUGGAGCACACACUCUGGCAUCCGUCAAAGCAGCACAUUUUAGCCAGGGGGCAAUCCUUGUCCGUCUUGCACUCGUUCUUUACAGGAGCAACACACUUGUCUGGUUUGGGCAGAGGUGGACACUUCAGGGGUUUACCUACAGAACAACAGUGAUUUACACAGUCACGUAACGAUGAAAUAAAUUCGAUUUAGUCGUUUAACUCUCGCGUGAGAAGCGCGUGCA